AUGGAAGACGACCUCGAACUCGAAGGCAGCUUGAAGGAGCUUUUGGAAACGCCUUCUCUGCGAUGGAUUUUCGUCGGCGGCAAGGGUGGCGUCGGCAAAACGACGACGAGUUGUGCGGUCGCCGCACAACUGGCGAAGCGCCGGGAAUCGGUCCUCAUCAUCUCGACAGAUCCUGCACAUAACAUCAGCGAUGCAUUCACUCAGAAAUUCUCAAACACGCCCUCUCUCGUGAACGGCUUCGAGAACCUCUACGCCAUGGAAAUUGACAGCUCCUACCAAGAGACACUCGACUUCCAGCUCGGUUCCCUGCCCGGGGAAGGGAACGCCGCGUUCAACUUGACCUCGUUGCUGCCUGAGAUGCUCCAGGCUGUGCCUGGCAUCGACGAGGCGCUCUCCUUCGCCGAACUGAUGCAGAGUGUGCAGAGCAUGAAGUACAGCGUCAUCGUCUUCGAUACCGCGCCGACUGGGCACACGCUGCGGCUUCUCGCGUUUCCUGAUCUGCUCGAGCGAGGCCUGAAGAAACUCUCGACGUUCAAGGACAAGAUCCAGUCCGCGAUUCAGAUGCUCAACGCCGUAUCGGGCAAACAGAUUCAGGAGCAAGACUUUGCAGCGAAGAUCGAGAAUCUCAAAGCGGUCACGACAUCGGUGCGCGAGGCCUUCCAAGAUCCUGCGCACACCACGUUCGUCUGCGUCUGCAUUCCUGAAUUCCUCAGCGUGUACGAGACGGAGAGGCUUGUGCAAGAACUCGCGAAGCAGAGAAUUGACUGCAGCAAUAUCGUCGUGAACCAGGUUCUUUUUCCCGUCGGAGGCGUGGAGGACGAAGACGCUCGCGCGCCACCCGCGAGUCUCUCCUAUUCUGCGACGGAGGUUCCGGGCUCCCUCGUCCCGCUCGAGCAGCUCCUCGCCCCUCCGGCGCCGCGACCGGCUUCUGAGGGCCCUGAAGAGGAGGCGACGCGCUUGAGGCGACUCGUGCAUCGCCUGCAAAUCCGCCUGCUGGCGUUGGAGAAGUCGCACUACUCUAGACGAGCCAUGCAGUCGCGCUAUCUGCAGCAAAUUCAGGAUCUUUACAGCUUCGACUUCCACGUGGUCCCCAUUCCGCAGCAGCCGGAAGAGGUGAGAGGCAUUGAACGCCUUCUUCGCUUCGGCGAGCUACUGACCACUGCCCGCCCCCUGCCUCUUCUCCCUGUUUCCUCUUCGUCGUAA